AGCUAGCGCCGGAACAAGAGAACGGAAGCCCGCCAUUGACGAUAACGCAUGUAAAUCGUGAUUCUUUUCAACGCUGUAAGGAUCCAAUUCAAAGUAUUUUUCUUCCAGCUGUUAUUCCAAACGCUUAAGAAGGAUGGCGUACCGCGGGCAAGGGCAGAAGGUGCAGAAGGUUAUGGUUCAGCCCAUUAAUCUAAUCUUCAGAUAUCUUCAGAAUCGGUCGAGGAUCCAGGUGUGGUUAUAUGAACAAGUCAACAUCAGAAUCGAGGGCUGCAUCAUUGGUUUUGAUGAGUACAUGAACUUGGUUCUUGAGGAUUCGGAGGAAGUUCACAUGAAGACAAGGAAUAGGAAACCACUUGGAAGGAUCAUGUUGAAAGGAGACAACAUCACCUUGCUGCAGAGUGUGUCCAAGUGACCAUACAUGACAACCCACCCCCCUUUGUUUUAGACUUUAUUUGUGACAUGUUUAUGGAAAUGGUCCAUUUCUACAACAUUUUUUUCCAUUUUGAAAAUAAAGUUUUUUUUCUGUCAUA